GCAAGCGCCCUGCUGGCGUCGCGGAAAAUGCGGCGAGGCGCUUCGGCCGGCCUCUGCCUUGCAGGUGGACUGUAAGUGUCGAGUCGUGAGCGUCUAACGCGUCAGUCUGCGAACGCUGAAAAUUUUCCGUUGUCACUGGAUGGCAAUUUCAGGGCUUAUUUUCCUUACAAGUGUGACACCAAACUAGCUGACGACGUUGUUGUCAAGCAAAGGAGCGUCAAUAAACGGGUCAUCAAUUUAAUGUGAUAAAAAAUGUCAUCUGCGAUUUAGCCACAAGUGACAGCAAAUUUUCACAGUGAAGGUGUGGCGCUACAAGUCGUGAGGCGAUAAGUUCAGCGUGAAAGUUGAGGACGGAUGCACACGAUCUGGUUCUCACCGAGCGAACGUGGCGUAUUGCCCGAUCGGGGGCACACCAGUCCGACAAGACACCGGCACCCAUGCACACACGUCGAAAGGAGGGGCCUCAUCUGUCAGUUACCAAUGCGCGUGGCUUAAACCAGGAUACCGUUGAAGUGUACGGUCUGUCAGCACUCGCGGCGUGGUGACGGUCGACAUUGCCUCUACGUAAGCACCUCGUCCGCGCUAGCGAUAAGAGGCUCAUAGACGUCUGCUAUGUCUAGAUGACAACUUGCAAGUCUUUUAAUGGACGGAGAUCCUCUCAUCACAUCAAAAGCGAACGGGCGGCGCGAUUCUGCGAGGCCGCGGCUCCUGUGCCCGCACAACUUGCUCAGCCUCACGAGCUGCCUUCGCCGCCGCUGCUUUAUCGGCUUCUUCUUCGGCAUAUGCAUCCUGUACGGCCUUUUCCUGCUGCAGGGCAGAUUCUUCUCCCAAAUUCCAAAUGAGAACACUGCGUUCCAUGUGCGGGUUCAGCCCACUGCCCGGCCGUUCCCGGCUUGCGUCCGCCCCCCAGCGUCCGCCGCUCGCCUGCUGGACUCGCCGGGCUGCCGCAUCCCGGCGCACGAGCCCUUCAGCGCGGAAGUCAAGGGCUUCGUCUCGGACUUCCCCAGCGUGCGGUGCGCCGAUCCGCCGCCGCUGGUGCGCUCCAACGACACGCACUUGAUGCUGGAGAAGGGCCUGGCCGCGGCCUACAAUGUGUCGUCCGUCACCUGCUGCUACACUGCCAUGUGGCGCUUCCAAGGACCGCGCUGGCAGGAAGACCCCGAGGUGCUCCGCGACGGCCUGAGGCACGGCAAUGACAUUCGCUUCGCGAAGGACUGCGUGGCCUUCGAGGAGCCCGUGGCCGUGCCGCACGAGUUCGUCCGCGUGACGUGCACGGGCAGGCGGCUCUCCAACAAGACGGUCGACAACAAGCUGUACACGGACUACCACGCGUUCGUGCCGCUGCGCCGCCCGCGCGGCCAUCCCGGGGGCAUCACGCCGCGCGAGCACGUGUCCGAGGACGCACUCAGCGUGCUCAUCGUGGGCAUCGACUCCCUGUCCAGGCUCAACAUGAUCCGGAAGAUGCCCAAGACGCGCGCCUUUCUGGAGGAGCACCUCGGCGCCAGGAGCAUGAUGGCCUACAACAAGGUGGAGGACAACACGUUCCCGAACCUGGUGCCGCUGCUGACCGGCAUGAACAUCCCCGAGCUGCGCAACUCGUGCUGGCCCGAGGACUCGGCGCACUUCGACGCCUGCCCCUGGGUGUGGAAGCGCUUCAACGCCGAGGGCUACGUCAACAUGUUCGCCGAGGACACCGCCUGGAUGGGGCUGUUCCACUACCUCAAGCGCGGCUUCGCCGUGCAGCCCACGGACUACGACCCGCGGCCCCUGCUGUACCUCGGCGAGAAGAACCUCGGCCGCGGUGGCGGAUUCAACGCCAAGUACUGCAUCGGCCAGCGCCACCAGAUCGAGGUGCUGUUUGACUACGGGCUCAAGUUCGUGCGCGGCAUGGCGGUGCUGCGCAGGAAGUUCUUCGGCCUGGUGUGGGGCACCUCGCUGUCGCACGACAUGCUCAACCAGCCCGACGAGGCCGACGACAUGUACGCGCGCUUCCUCGGCGACCUCGAGGCGACGGGGCUGUUCAACAGCACGGCUGUCAUCUUCAUGAGCGACCACGGGCUGCGAUUCGGCAGCAUCCUCAGCACCUAUCAGGGCCACCUCGAGAACAUGUUACCCCCGAUGUACGUUGUGCUGCCGGAGUGGGUGCGGCGCCGCUACCCGCUGGCUAUCCACAACCUGGAGUGCAACCGCCACAGCUUGGUGACGGUGUUCGACCUGCACCGCACGCUGCACAACCUGAUGGACCUGACGUCGCUGGAGCAGGCCAAGGUCGAGGCGGACGGGGCGCGGGUGGCUGCGGCGUUCGCCGCCAAGGGAGGCACCCCGCCGCGCGGCAUCAGUCUGUUCACGCCCAUCCCCGCGGCCAGGACGUGCUCGGACGCCGGCAUCCCCACCAACUACUGCGCCUGCCAGCACCUGAGCCAGGCCGACCCGCAGGCGCCAGACGUACAGAAAUCAGCCAACUUCGUGGUGAGCCACAUCAACUCGAUCGUGACCUUGGCGUGCUCCACGUUGCGUUUGGACUCCGUGCUUGAGGCGCGGAAAGGCACGCCACUGCACACGCGUGAUCUGAAAAAGGAGGCGGACGAGAACGAAUUUCAGGUGACUCUUCGCACGCAGCCGGGGGACGCCCUGUUCUCCGCCACGGUGCGGCACCACAUCAAGUCGGACCGCAUGCAGCUGGCGGGCUCCAUCAGCCGCCUCAACGCGUACGGCAACUCGAGCUGGUGCGCCGAGUCCACCGCCCUGCGGCCGCUGUGCCACUGCAAGCGCCCCGCGCCCGACAAGGCCCCGCGGGGCAAGGCGGCCGCUCGCUCCGACGGCGACGACGGACGGCCGUCGGCUGCUCCGAAGUGACGAGGACCUCUCUGUGAAACUAACACUAACGCAUUCGUUAGAACGUGAACUUCGUCACGAUCACCUUCAAAAGAGUCAACGAACAGGGUGGCCACAAACUAUGGAAAACAAAAUUCCCUGACAACUCUCUGACCUUAAAUCAACUUUCCCUGACCAAACGUGCACAAUAAAUACAGAGAUAAAGUAGUGAAAAGGAUAUAUCAUGUACGUUGCUUGUAGCCUCUUUAAGUUAUUUUUGACGCUAGCAAAGCGAGCCAAAAGACAUCGCAUUAUAUUGGCGAAAAUUCGAUUCCGAGGGUUUCUAGUCAGCCUAUAGAUACGUUUUCUGCUCACACUGAAAAAUCAGUGUCAGACAAUUGUGAUUUUCCCCGACAGCUUGCCAUUUUCCCUGACAAUUCCCCGACUUCCCUGACAGACUUUUAUUUCCCUGACUUCCCUGACACGUGGCCACCCUGAACGAAGCAUCUGCGUUGUAAUAACGAAGAGAAGGCAACAAUUUCUUCGUAUCGUAUUAUGAAGAAAUGAUUCGUAUCAUGAAGAAAUACUUCGUAUUGCGAAGGAUUUUGCUUCAUUCUCGUAGAUUUUACAAUGCCUUCGUUUUCUUCGCACAUUACAAAACGAUGCUUCGUAGACUUUUUUCUGGGCGUUUGAACGAUGUAUCAUUGAUUGGAAUGGGGACGGCUUUUCAAUAAGGAUCUGUCACAUAUUCCUUUGAACGUGGGUCAACCUUUUAACGAAGUAAAUCGUGACAAAAAUUCACGUUUUAACGAAUGUGACGUCACAGUCGUUGAAUGACAGUGUAAUGUGAAGAAGCCGACACUUAAAAUGCACGAGUGUGGAAUUUGCACUUCCACACUUCAAUAGUGGAUUUCCACACGCUUGAACCAUGUCAAGAGAUACGGGCUCUGCGAGCUACUCCAUACCACACUUGAAGUGUUGGAGUACUCUUAGACUCGUUCUGAGUUUUUUUUUUUAAAUAACAUAUUGAGGUUUGUGCGCAUCCAUAAGCGUAUUAACUCUUUUAUUUGUUUACGAAACAUUAUUAUCAAUUUCGUCUGUUAAGCUUCUUAACGGAAUUCUGUUAAUGCGCACAAACAUCAAUGAAUAUCAAUAAAAUGUCGAUUGAAGUGUG